AUGGGUUGGCGCAAGAUGCGCGCGAAUUCCCCGAAUGAGUUCUCCGGUUUAUUCCGAAGUCUGCAGGUAGAAUCGAGAGCCAAGAUCAGAAGCUGGCGAGUUGAGAUCUCACCAGGAUCAUCUGACACCACACAGACAGAGCAUUUUCUACUUCUAUUCGGGGCUGUAAGAGCAGCUAGCGCUGGCGAUGUACUGACACCAUCAAUAGUAAACAAGAUCUCCCAUCGACAAUUGAUCUCAUCUGCCUAUCUAGUAAAUAGGUCAGUACAAACGUACCUCGUGUUUCGUGCUCACAUUUUGCGCCUUUGUUCGUGUUCGUCUCGCUGCCCUCUUUCACGUCGUCAUAAUGGCCGCUGGGAUUGA